AUGCUCCGCUUAAGCAGGCUUCUCUGCUCCUCGUCUACGGGGCGGACGGUGGGUCGUGCGGCGGGCGCCGCCCUCCGCCGUCGUCGCGCGGAUCCCGCCGAAGGGCGGGGGAAACCGCAAGAAAUCGUCCUCCCGUGGUGCGCACGCCCGACGUACGAUAUCCACACCAAUGAAUGGAAAUACCUCGAUCGCAUGCUCGCCGGGGUGAUCGGGAUGACCGAUCAGGAAGUUUCGGAGCGCUCCUUGCGGCUUGUCGGGCGGGAUUUGCUUUGCGAGGUGGAGGAGCCCGUCGUGCGGCUGCGGCGGGAGCGAUUGUUGCGGUCCAAACGGAAUCGCCCCGGGCAAUCCGCGGUCUUUCUUUCCGGCGAAUCCGAAUCCGCGAUGGCAGGGGGUCCUCGAGGCCAUCGAUCGGCUCGAAAAGACGCGACGAUCCCUUCCCAGGCGUCCGAACGCGUCUCCGGGGAGGAUCGCGCGCGGGAAAGGGGGGAGGAAAAAUCCGCGAAAGCGGGUUCGGCGCCCUCCUCGCCGCCGUCGAGUGGGGUGCGCAUCCGAGCCGCCCGGGCGAAACUCGCGGAUGCGGAAGAAUCCCCACGGAAGGAUCCGAAAUCCCCUCUCCCCCUCGCCAGCCUCCUUCGUAGCGAUGUCAAAAAAGUUCCGGGUGUGGUUCCCCCACUCCGACUUCGAGCACACGCGUCGGCAAUUAGCCACGGUAACGCGGAGUGCAUUCGCAGCAUUUCUAGAAGUGAAACGGCGGCGCCGCUGGAGCUUGAGGGGAAUAAAUCGCCGCCGAAAAAGGCGGCGCCGCAUAGUGGUUUGGGAACGAGAAAGCGAAUGCCCUCUAGGAAGGUAAAGGAUAAGUCGGAGAUAAGUGUGCAUUUAGUAUAG